AUGGCCACUGAUCUUUGUCCCGUGUAUGCCCCCUUCUUCGGCGCGAUGGGUUGCACCAGCGCCAUCGUCUUUACCUGCUUCGGUGCCGCAUACGGAACCGCAAAGGCUGGUGUUGGUAUCUCCUCCAUGGGUGUCCUCAGGCCCGACUUGAUCGUGAAGAACAUCAUUCCCGUCAUUAUGGCUGGUAUCAUUGCCAUUUACGGCCUGGUCGUAUCAGUCUUGAUCUCCAACAACCUGCAACAGCAGACCUCGCUCUUCACGGGAUUCAUCCAGCUGGGCGCAGGUCUCUCUGUCGGUCUUUCUGGUCUCGCUGCCGGCUUUGCCAUUGGCAUUGUCGGUGACGCUGGUGUCCGUGGUACCGCACAGCAGCCACGGUUGUUCGUCGGAAUGAUUUUGAUUCUCAUUUUCGCCGAAGUCUUGGGUCUUUACGGUCUCAUUGUUGCUCUGCUCAUGAACUCUCGCGCAGGCGCAGACGCCAGCCAAUGCUAA